UAGCAAGCAGAUGUUCUGCCGUCGGCCGCCAUAUUGUAUAGGUCCCUCCCAAGUCAUUACCCGCAUCGCAGUCACCGUAUAUUUGGCGUUUCACAACUAUUGUGCGGUGCGAUUUGUAGCAUAUCCAGGUAAUUCCCAUGUUUUCGACGUUAAUAGUCAUCCACAAAGCAUAUCGCGGCGUACGAAUGCGGGUAAAUAACUUCGAGGGACCUACAGUAUGGCGGCGAGGUGACGUCAGUGUUCCCUAUAGAUGUUCACUCAACGGGGCGUACAAGAUGCACUGGAUCGGCGAAGUGUUCCUCGUAUUCCUGACUGUGACUCUUGCGGAGGGCCAAAUAUUUUUCGCCUGCUCUCCGCGUGCGUGCAUGGAAGAAUGCAAGGCCGUGGAUUGCGGGGCGGGCCGUCUCAUCGACAAUGCGACGACGUGCGGAUGCUGUCCGAUCUGCGUGAAGACGCAAGCCGAUGGUAGUCCCUGUCACAACACGGAGAUAGCCUCACUGCCAAGUCAAGAAUGUGGCCACUCGAUGACUUGUUCUAAAGGGAGGUGUACCUUACAAACAUCCAAACCUUGCGUGCGAGAAUUGCAAGAAGAGUUGAAGAAAGGACCGGGUUUCGAGAUGGCCUAUGGCAGACCGGCCCCAGACUGUGACUUCUUCGGUGAUUAUCGUCCUAAAAGAUGCAAGAAGGGACUCAUGUGUCACUGCGUAGGCGAUGGAGGUGAGAGGAUAUUUGGCACGGCACUUCAUCAGGAAGCGGAAGGCAUGAACUGCAAUUGUUCCCGGCUAGCUGCACAGCAGGAGGCUCUCGACCUGAAUGCGGCUCAGAGACUUCGAUGCCUUCGUAACGGAAACCUUGACCCUCUGCAGUGUACGGACGCCUACUGUUUCUGUCUCAAGGAAGACGGCAGCUUAGAUGGGGAGCCCGUACCGCGACGGAAUUCUCUAUUGUCCCUACCAUGUGUCAUGAAGGAUCAACGAUACGACGACAUGAUGCCGCGCUGCAUAGUGGACUUCUUGAACUUGACAGCGAUGGAAAAAGAGAUGCGAAGCGACAAUGACACUACUCUUGUUGGUAUGGAUACGCCGUAUUGCGAUCCAGACGGAAGUUAUGCUCCGAAACAGUGCAAGGAUGACAGGUGUUACUGCGUUCGACCGGACGGGAGACCGUACGACAAUCAAGACACCGUUCCCCGGUAUUCAGUGGAAGAGCAAGAGAUGACUUGCAAUUGCUUGCGUGAAAAGGAGUUGUUGAGCAACGCGGAAGUUCCGAUGACCAUGCUGAUAAGGACGUUCCUGCGACAUCGAUGCGCCCGCAACGGGAACUACCUCCACUCCAAUGCACCACGUUCUCGUCUUGUCGAUGCGUCGACAAGGACGGCUUCCAGAACUCUCCGGACGUCAUGGUGUCCGAGCGACACAGUUUGCCCUGCUACAAGAGAGAGUACGACCGGUACUUUCGCGAGGAAAUCGAAGAAUUCGAGUGACGGUGUUUCACGAUGUCGAUUCUCUGUCGAUUAAUAAA